GCAGGAGACACACCUACUGCAGAAAACAAGAGGAAGAAGUAGCUGGAGGAGAAAGCGCAGAAGAAGAAGAACCACCAGUAGCAACAAGAGCUCUGAGAGGUGGAAGGAAGUCUGCUGCUGCGAGACGUUCCUCCAAGAGAGCCCGCACACAGCGGCAGGCAGAGGAAGGAGCUCCUGAAGAGACAGAAGCAGAGCAAACUGGAGCUGUGCCGCAGGGAGCUGCAGACCAGAAGGCCGAGGAAGAGGAGGGAGAGGAAGCUGCAGCUCAGAAGACCGAGGAAGAGGAUGGAGAGGAAGCUGCAGACCAGAAGGCCGAGGAAGAGGAAGCUGCAGCUCAGAAGACCGAGGAAGAGGAGGGAGAGGAAGCUGCAGCUCAGAAGACCGAGGAAGAGGAGGGAGAGGAAGCUGCAGCUCAGAAGACCGAGGAAGAGGAGGGAGAGGAAGCUGCAGCUCAGAAGACCGAGGAAGAGGAGGGAGAGGAAGCUGCAGCUCAGGAAGAACUUACAGAGGCAGAGGUUGAGAAGGAAAAGGAAGAACCUGUGGCAGAGCAGGAGAUGGUUGGAGAGGAGGAGUGUGCUUCUGUUGAAGAAACAGCUGCAGACAGACAUCAUGCUGGACAACAAGAUGACGAGGAAGAGGAAGCUGGAGGAGAAAGCGCACAAGAAGAAGAACCAGUUAUAGAAACAAGAGUUCUGAGGAAGGGAAGGAAGUCUGCUGCUGCAGCACCUAGGCGUACAUCCAGAAGAGCCCAGAAACAGAAAGAGGAAGAAGCUCCUGCACCUGAAGAGGAGGCACAGCAGGAAGAGGAGGUAGAGGAAGAGGAGGCACAGCAGGCGAAGGAGGAAGCAGUGGUGCCUGAAGAAGACAGUGAGGAGGCUGAGGAAGAGGAGACAAACACAGCUGAGGAAGAGGAGGAGGAGGAUUCUGCCAGUGGAUCUGCUGAAGAGGCUCUAAGUGAAGAUGGGUCUGUGGAGGAAGAGGAGGGAGCAGAAAGAGUGGAAACACCUCCUUCAUCCUCUCCAAAAUCCAAAAGACAGAAAGACCAAGAGGUAGAGGACUCGCCGCGGAGAUCCGUACGAAAGAGGCCAAGAGUGGACUACAGUGAGAAGGAUGAGGGGGGGGGGCCGGGUGAGACCAACCCAGAGGGGAAGGGUCAGAAGGAGCCAGAGGAGGGGAGGGACAAGAUCCAUCUGGUACUAGAUUCAGAAGACGAGGGAAGUGAAGAGGAGGAGCCUGUAGAGACUGGGAAGAGAGUCCUGAGAGGGAGGUCUGUCCCUUCAGUGGUGAUCACCCCCCCGUCUCAAAGCACACGCCGCAGUGCUGCAGUGGAGAGGGCAGAGGGGCGUGUGACUCGCUCCGCUCAGAAGAGAGGGAGCAGCGAGGAUACACCGAGCAAGCCCAAGAGAAUCAGCAGAAUUUAGGAUUCACACACACACACACGCACACGCACACGCACACGCACACGCACACGCACACGCACACACACUAGAGCGCAGCUACAUAACAGGGUAAAUGCAGACAAAUAAUUACAUGACAUGUCACUUGUUAGACGCUUUUAUCCAAAGCUCCAUACUCAAUACUGUGGACAAUCCCCACAGGAGCAAUUUGGGGUGAAGUGUCUCAGGGACACAACGACAUGCUGACUGCAGUGGGGUUUGAACCUGUGACCCCCUGAUCCCAACACCUACGGACAACCCAUUACGCCACACGCCCCCUAAAAACCCUUUCUCAUACUGUAUUGAAGCGUCUGUAGUGUGCAGGCUGACACACUACAGUACGUUUUCAUCUUGAUUCAAAGCAAUGGUGUUAUAGAGUAGCAGGAAUGAGUGCUAAACGUGGGAAUGAGUUAGCAUUUUAGCAGCUCUGAGUUCCCUCGACUCGAAGACAAUGUUUUUGUGUUCAGUUCUUAGUUAGAGGCCUGAAAUAAGUUCUGUGGUUAUUACAAGCUUACAAGAUAUUCAUGAUUUGUUCUAGGACAUAACGUCAUGAAACACCCCACUGGUGAAAGUCAGUGUUUUACGUGUCUUAGAAACAGCAGAUUUAAAAAGUGACUAAAUGAGACUAGUACACACUGUCACGCUAAAGAUUAGCCGCCUUUAGCUUAGCGGUAGUUUGGUUAUAGCAUUAAGCAAUUUUUCUUCAUUUGUGCUUCAACUAUUAUAAACGUGAUGUAAAUAUGUCGAGAUUAUCCUGCUGAACAAAACGUAUAAGUAUCAUAAACGUGUCUUUGCCACAGAUCUUAUUUUCUGCUAUAUUCCAAAAUCAAAUAGAAAAAUCCCAUGCUUUUUGUCGAGGGAGUUCUUGCGAUGCUAACUUACUCGUCAUCACUGCUCCACCCCAUUACAUUACAUGUCCCUUGUUAGACAACUUACAUACAUUCAGUACUGUGGGCAGUCCCCACAGGAGCAAACUGGGGUGAAGCGUCUUGCUCAGGGACACAACGACAUGCCAACUGCAGUGGGGAUUGAACCAGCGCCCCCCUGAGCAACCCAGUGAGCCACAGCCUCCCUAUUAAUGACCAUCACUUACUGUUACAGUACGGAUUAGCACAUUGGAUUUCUUAUAAAGUUUUUGUAACAGAACAUUCUUACAAGCUGGGGAAAUAAUAUUUUUAUAUUGUAAAAAUGUGAAUCUUUGCAUUGUGCAACAAAUCUCUCAAUUAUUUGUUUUGGUAAUUUUGUACUCGCUUACACCAUGCUUCAAGAAAAGGAAUUGGUCUUUUUAAAACAGAUUUGUACUCUACAAAGGAACCAGCCAUGUUGUACAGGUUGUUUGUACUUUGAUUACAAAAAUAUUACCAAAACAUGUUCUUGUUUUGCAGCUAUCAGCAGAACUCAGGUCUUAAUAUGAGCUUCUUUUUUUAUACAUCUCACCUGUAGAGAUCCAUGUUAUUCACCAUGAGGACAUAUCUGUCCUCACUCAUGUUGUUUUUAAUUAUGUGAUAGUAUUUAGUCAGCAUUAUUCAUUGUGUCCAUUUAAAAUAUGCUUUUGUUGUUUGUAUCAAGAUAAUGUGUUUUCUUUAGCUGAUUUUGUUGUGCUUAUUAGCAGAUAUUAGGUCAUUAACUCCUUAUUUACCUGUGUGGACUAAACUGAUCUGUGAACUUAUUUUUCCAUUAGCUGAAUAAAGAUUUCAAAAGGUA